GUAGAGGGACUGGGUGCAGAGUUAUGCAUUAACGGAAAGACUUGUAAGCGGCGGGAUUCAUAGCACACUGCUUCAUGACAUUGUGGGGUCGGUAGAAUAAUUCCGGUCUUGGCUUGAUCAUCAGGUGCAGCGGCAGUCGGAGAACCAGUCGUACUGAGAGUUGGCCUCUCCACGUUCAUACUUAGACUCUAAAGUGAAGACCAAUGACAUUAUUAUUGAAGACAACACCACUGAUAAAGACUCGCGAAGUCUCUGCGAGUUUAUGCUUUGCACAAUGACCCGCAUCAGAGACGAAAACAAGCAUUCCAGUCUUUCACUAAUCAAAGACAAAAAUGAAGAAGAGAACAUUAAACACAUAUUUCUAUGCUUCUUUGAACAAUCCCCUUAUUUCCUCUCGGGGAUUGAACAAACUGAUAUUUUGAAAACCCUAUCCAUGCUGCUCAAUACCUCUCCUACCGUUGGUUUGGUAUUGCAUCCCAUGAAAAAGGCGGUGGCAUCGUGUAAGAAGGCAGUGUAUAACGUUAAGUUUUCUCCCUUAAAAUUGCUACAAAACUUCAAGAUGUAUCCUAUAGACGGUUUUACUGAAGAAAAAAGCAAGGACUCACGAGUAAUUGGAAAGCCUGCCAGCGGUCUGAAACGCCUUACCUUAAAGUCCUUCCCAUUAAAUGAAUGGGAAAUAUCCAGCGCUUUGCUUGGUUUUCUUUGUGGAGAAACGGUACCGAAACCCCUCCUGUCCUUUGGAACGCCAAUAGAUUACUGUCGGCCCUCAGUAAAACAAGUGAUGGAGCUGUGUAGCAAGGUGAAAGCUAUCAGAUGUAUUUUUGAUCUCAUAAAAGAAAGCGAUUUGGAAACAGAUGUUGUCCAUUCUGAAAUCGCAAGCCACAUUUUGAGAGGAUGGAACGAUGGCUGCAUUCCAAAAGUAAAAGAUACGCCAAGCCAUUUCCUAGAUGUUUUUAUCCAAAGUCUUAGCGCAUAUGUUGAUGCUUGCAUCAAAGUCACACAACAAAGCAGUGACUCCAUACCAACUGAGGAAGACACGCCUGUUGACAAACAGAAAGCUAAAGUUCCCGCCAUGACAAAGGCUGGUCUGAAGAAACACAUGGCGUCGCUACGGCAGAUGUGGUGUCAGGAGUACUCUGCUGGUCUAGCCGAGGAGUUGCUACGCGAAGAUCGGCAGCGAGCCCUCCGUCGGUUUGGAAAAGAACAGGGACUGAAACAGUAUGAGAUAGAUAACAUCCUGAACAGGAGUAGCGCCAGCCUACAGAAGAAGGGAUACAGGUUGAUGGAGGACUGGCAACACGGACGGGGCGGCUCCAUCGUGCGCAGGGGGAAACAGCUGGAGGAGGAACAGCUUAUAGAGACGAUGAAAGCUCUUAAACGUGAUAGAAAGUUUCCCAAAGAUAAGGAUACUUAG